CUGCUGUAAAUAUAAAUGGAACAUUAAUUUGUACCGUAAUUUGAAAUAUGGUAUAGUUUUAUACUAAAACUAGCUCAUGCUGCAUGUGCCUCCUAGAAUACAUUUCCACAAUGGCAGAAUGGCAGACAGGAACAUAUAUAAACUCCAGCUCACUAUGUGAAAAUAGUACUGCAGUACACCUUGGAAGUAGAGCCACGUAUUUCUGUAUCUUUCUUUAAAGGACAAAAAUACAAAAACAAAUGCCAGUCUUUGCAAAGGGACGUGGAACGGCUGCAAAUAUGUUAAACAGAUUUAUUUUUUCAUUGGCUAUUAUUGUGUGCUUACAGAGGCUAAUUAUCUCAACUCUACAAACACAAGACACCACAAAUAUUACAGCCAAAUCCGACAGAUUGUCCGGUGUACGGACAAAGACAAAUGUAGUAAAAUAACAUCUUGUUUCUUUGCUCUUUUAUUUGAACUUGGAGUAAUUAUAUACUCGUUAUGUACGCGUUUACAGAUUGCUGCCAGUGGUGGCCAAAUAUCAUUCUUUUUCUUAACAUUUACACUGAGUAUUCUCGUGCUUAGAGACAAAUAAUAGUGUGUUAGUGGGGCAGCACACGUAAUGGGCCUCUGGAAAGAGUUUUACGCACUAUCUUUUUGCGUAUUAUCUCAUUUUAGCUUGGCCAGGUGUUUCCCCGGCCUCAUAAUGCUGGAAUGAUUACCCGUCUAGAAAUAAAUCAAUAUCAAACCUCGCGCUAAUUUAUAACGGUCUGUACAGAGCAGCGAUUGAGAGCGCAUGAAAAAUGACCGCAGAAAAGAUAUCCAGAGGCAACGCGGAGGGUUUUCAGCCGGUUGAGGAUCAUGUGGGAGAGCGAUAAGAGAACGGAGCCGGAAAUGUUCGGGAGAGGACGGCCACCUUUUUCAUGCAGCGUCUAAGAAUAGCACGGACACUAUCAUCACGCUUUUAAAUCGCUAUAAUUGAACUUCCCUCGCGCUUGUGUGUGUGUGUGUGUGUGGGAGAGAGAGAGAGAGAGAGAGAGAGAGAGAGAGAGAGAGAGAGAAUGCUCGAGUCGUGUGGGUGUUUUUCUCCAAUCUGCGUGGGUAGAGUACAACCCAGCAAACAAAGACUUUAAAGGAGCAAGGCCAAGUACAUUUGCUCAAGUUAUGCAAUAUCUUUCAGGACUUUAAAAAAAGCUCAAUCAAAGAAACACAGUAAAGCCACAGCCACGGUUCUCGCCAUCUACCGUCUGCUCAAAUUUUAGUAUAUCUAAAGAAACUACAUCCUAGUGGUCUAUAUUAGAAACUAGUUUUCCUCAGAAUGUCCACGAGAAACUAGCUAUCAGAGUGAGACUAGCCGUGCUCGCCCUUCCUGAAGCCCCCAGGUUGCAAUGACCAUAUGGCCCAUGUGUUGGCCCCGGAGCCGUGUAGUUCCCUAUUGGACAGAGGAACCCUGAUGCCUUCUCCACCCUGUGUGUCCUGUCAGUCCACUGGUUCACUAGUUCACCGUGUCAAUCCACGCUGCUUCGCGCAGGCAGCGAGAGGCGGAAAGACAGCUAGAGGGUAGAGGUGGAAUCUUUCGCCUGCUGGUGACUGCUGCGCCUGAGGAGUCACACGCCGAGAUUUGGAGUCCGGAAUUCUGUAGAGCUAAAAAAAAUCCUCUCUGCACUCCAGAGCGUUCGUUUGAGGACGCGCGCGUAUUAGCAACAUCUUUGGCCCUAUCUGUGUCAUUUUCACAAUGUUAACAGUCGCAUUUGCUUCCAAAUUAUUUGUAGGGCUUUUAGUAUGACACAAAAGCUAAUCAGUCAUUCCGCGCCGUCUCAGACCCUCUAAAUCCGCUCCCUGGCUUGUCCCUCCGUUCCAUGGGCGUCCUGAACACGUAUUCCAAAAGCCAGGGCACUUCUUCGUUGGAGAGGUCGAAGGAAUGCUGGAACUCAGAUCCUUCGGGUUAUCAGGAAGCUGUAUCCUUGCAUAAAAUCUAGAAGUGAAAGACGUUAUCUCGGUCAGCUUCCAAGAGGCCGUUGGAAAAAGACCGUCACGUGACAUCUGGUGCCAAUGUUCUUCCAGAAGGUCGUCAGGACCCUGGUAGCCAGUAACGCGACUUUUGGAAAUGCAGAAAACGACCUACUACGACAACUCGACACUAUUCGGAGGUUACUCGUACCAGGGGGCCAACGGCUUCGGCUAUGAGGCCCAGCCAGCCGCCUUCCAGAGCUCGGCGCACCUCGAGGGUGACUACCAGAGGUCUGCCUGCUCGCUGCAGUCCCUCGGCACCAGCGCUCCCACACAGCCACAACAUGCCAAGACGAAAGAGCUCAACGGCAGCUGUAUGCGGCCUAGUCUGCCAUCUGAGCACCACCCACCUCCCCAGGUUUCCCCUCCCCAAAACCCUGUGAACCCAACUGGUUCUAGCGCCCCACAGCAACCAGGUGGCAGCGGAAGUGGUGGGGCUGGAAGCGGAAGUACGACCAAAUCGUCAUCAAAGUCGUCCACGCUUGCCCCAAACCCGACCGUCACCAAACAGAUCUACCCAUGGAUGAAAGAAUCGCGUCAGAACACCAAGCAAAAAAACAGCUCCCCCAGCGCAAGCUCAGCUAACGCGGAGAGCAGUGGCGGCGAGAAAAGCCCUCCGGGUUCUGCGGCUUCCAAGAGAGCGCGCACAGCCUACACGAGCGCGCAGCUUGUGGAGCUUGAGAAGGAGUUCCAUUUCAAUCGGUACCUGUGCAGGCCUCGACGCGUAGAGAUGGCCAAUCUUCUCAAUCUUAGCGAAAGGCAGAUCAAGAUCUGGUUUCAGAACCGGCGCAUGAAGUACAAGAAGGAUCAAAAAUCGAAAGGCAUGGGUUCCUCCUCAGGGGGGCCAUCUCCGACCGGAAGCCCGCCCCUCUCAAUGCAGUCCUCUGCCGGUUUUAUGAACUCCAUGCACUCUAUGGGCAGCUAUGACGCGCCGUCGCCACCAUCUUUCAACAAGCCUCAUCAAAACGCAUAUGCCAUGUCUACAGCCUAUCAAAACCCAAUGAAAGGUUGCCCAUCGCAACAGAAGUAUGGUACCACGGCACCGGAAUAUGACCCUCACGGGCUACAGGGUAACAGUGGCAACUACGGGACGCCUAACAUGCAGGGUAGCCCCGUGUACGUGGGAGGCAACUAUGUGGAUGCCAUGCCUGCCACCGGGCCAUCUAUGUACGGCCUCAAUCACCUACCACACCACCAGUCUGCCAGCAUGGACUACAACGGUGCCACACAGAUGUCGGCCAACCAACACCACGGACCGUGCGAUACACACCCGACAUACACGGAUCUGUCGACGCACCAUCCUUCUCAGGGUAGAAUUCAAGAAGCACCCAAGUUGACUCAUCUGUAGCAGGUUUGGACAAAAAAAAAAGAAACAAAAAAAAAAAAACUAAAUCAAAAACAAACAUAAACCCAUGGGACGAUGCAAUGGGGUUGAAAAAGAUGAUCCAGUGGUUUCUUGCCUUGUCUAGAACCGCAGUUGGUGUCGAUGUUGUCUUUCCAUUCACCUGUGAGCACAUUCGUUUGUUCAGAAGACAUCUCCUAAUCAAUCCAUUGCCCACAGCCCUAAAAGGCCCCUUUAAAGACAGCGCUCAUGAAUAUUGGGUAACUGUGGCUAGUGUACGCCAAGGAAUAGAUUAUUUUACUGUAUGACCCCGUGUGCCCCCCCUUUUACGUCACCAUUAGCAUUCGUGCAGCAUAUUGCCAAGUUCUUCACACUUAGAACUGCUUGAGAGCGGAGUGGUAGUGUACUCUUGAAACUGGCGUUAGGAAACCACUGGAUUGUUUUUCGUUCACUUCCCUUCUUUCACAUACCUCUUUUUAAACGACUCACUAAACAUUUGUUUAUUUGUUUAUUUUUUAGUCUAUGCGCCCGAAAAAAAAACAUGAGCGUAACAAAACAAUGCGCGCACUCUUCUUGGCAAGACAAAGUAGCAGUCUACACUCUUUUCUGGCUUUGACCAGUCGAGGUCCAUUUUUCAACUAUGCUACCUAGGGCCUUCUCCCAUGAAGUGACUAGAAUUAGAUAAUUGCUUUGACGUUGGUACAGGGUAAAGAAAGAAGAUUUGAGAAUUUAGUCAAUAGGCCUACAUGGUCACCCCUAUCUUUCUCAACUGUUAAUGCCCCUCCUUCGCCCUCCCACUCCUUUCUCCUGACUACCCCUCCUUUCCCCCCUCUCUCUCUCUCUGGGUUUGCUUACAUUAGCCCACACUAAUGCGGAAGGCCCACACUUUCUCAUGUCUUGACUUAACGUGGAAACAGGGUAUAAUUGAACAAAAUGCAUGUCCGGGAAACCAGGCAAUGGUGUAGACGUUUCGGUUUACGCCUAAUGCUUUCUCGUCUGGGCAUCAUUGUUGCACUUAGAGUUUACAUUUUGAUGGAUAAGGAAAAAAAUUAAAUCUUAUUUUGAAGCGAAAGACCUUCAAUCAGCGUCUUUCGGUGUGUGUUCAAAUGAACAUUCAUAAAUAUAUAUUUAUUUGUUAUAGCCAGUUUAAAUACUUUCUUUUUGUAUUAUUUAUCCCCCAUGUAUUUAUAUCGAGAAAGUGUACUUUUUUAGUAUUUACCUGUUAUAAAAAGAAGACAUUGUGUUCUUGUCAUUGUAACUAAUUUUAGUUCUUGUAUUUUAGAGAAACGUAGGUUUAUGUUACCCUUGUACAUAAACAAUGAUUUGACUUGUACAGGGGGCGUGAGAGCGGAAUCGAACCGUUCCUGCAUAGUCGGAAAUUAGACAGUAUAGCGAAACUUUUUUUGGAAACUUCAUUUGUUCUUUGUAGCUACUUUGAUUUUCUUGUUAAGAGUUGGCUGUUGAACAAUUCUUUAAUAAAAUGUUAUGUUAUUCAUUUC